AUGGCGGCGCCGACGUUUGCCGCCCAAGGCACGGCUGCAUUCAGCGCCCCUGCCAAGCUCAAGAUUCUCCUUGUACCAGCCCUUCCGCUUGAGCACGCCGAGUUUGAGAAAUGGGCUGCGUUUGUGCGCAACAUCGAGUGUCUUCGCUUGCGCGAUGUGCCACGCAAGAAAUCCAGCGUAUACCCCUCCUCGCCGCUGUACCAGCAAGGCGAAGUACAUAUCUCGUUUGUGACGUCCUACGAUCCCGCCCACGCCUAUCUUGCGCCGAUGCAGCUGCAUACACAGGUGCUCGGCGUCCUUGGCCUCUCUACACACACACACACGGAUCCGUAUACCAACGAGCUCGUCCGCGUCCCCGGAAUCCUGCGUGACGAGCACCCCGACGCGCUAGUUCAUCGCGUGUUUGCAUUUGAUGUGGACGCGCGGCACAGUACAGGCGAGCGUGUGCCCAACGAAGACGACGGCGACAUGGCAACGGUGGGCGUCGAGCACGAUACCUCUGCUGAUUUCAACCCUGCCUUUUCUGGAUUUGGUGGCCGCCGCGACGGCGGGCUUAUUGUAUUUCCUGCAGUCCGCAGCGAUGCAAAAGACGUGCGCUUUUACGUACGCACGCUCCUUGCCGAGAUGGUCGGCACGAUCCUCGACCAGCUCGACACACUACUCCAUUCUCUCGAAGGCGCCGCACUCGAAACACCCCGCGAGACACUGCGCAAUGCAAUCGCGGCAAGCGCAGCGCACCCAAUCGAUCCCAAUGCGCCGCCUCUCCCUCCGCGCGUCCCUCCGAAUGGCGCCGCGUCCAAAGUAUUUGGCGUUUUGGCAAAACGGCGCGCCGCGCCCGCCUUGCUGCCCACCGUACACUCGGGACCGCACGGCAAGAUGCGCCACACAAAACUACGUGCAGAUGCGAUGCUGCUUGGCGGCGAUCUCUGGUCCGCCCUCUCUUUGUACGACGGUCUGCUCACGCCCCAAGCGCGCGAACGCGCCUUGGCCGGAGGACAGGACGCGGUGUGGUUUGCAUCGGCGCUGGAAGGAUGGAGCGUUGCGCGCAUGCUUGUCGCGCGCCUCGGCAGCGCCGUCCAGGACGACGCGCCCGGACUUGCCUUUACGCUGCACCUUUGCAAAGACAAGGAUCCACGCGAGCAGACACUCGAGCAAUACGCGUGGAAAGACAUCUCCGAGGCAUACAGCCUUGCGCUGAAUGUGUACACAAAAUGCCUCGCGCCCCCGCACGUACACUUGGAAUCGCUGCGCUCUGUGACGAACGAGACGCUGCGCGACUACACCCCGCCGUUCGUCCAUGCAAAUGCAUGCCUUGCCUAUGCACGCUUCCUCCUCGCCCUCUGGUCCUCGGGCGGCUGGAACGGCGAGGCGUUUGACCAGAUGCUCUUUGGCGGCACGCCGCCCGCCUUGACGCACGCCCAGGACCAUACGCAGCUCUCUGCCGUCUCGGGCGUGUACCGCCAUGAGAUUGCAAGCGCAGCGGUCGGUGCUCUUUCACCCGCACUACGCAUGCUCCCUCCCGGGGAUCAGAUUGCCAUACUGAGCGGCGUUGCAAAAAUUCUCGCGCUGCUGCACUUUGCGCGGCGCUUUGCCCACGUAGUCCGCCAGCUCGACGCCGUCGUUGCCGCCGUGCUUACGCGCUCGCUGCGCCAACGAGAGCGCACCAUGCCCCGCAUGCUUUCCAUCGAGGCGCUCUUGCACGACGCAUUACGCCUGCGCGUGCCUACCAACGACACAGCCCUCGACGCGGAGCUCACUCCCGCGGGAAUACACGCGAGCGUCAAUCCCAGUCUUGUGCUGGGACUGCUCGUGUGCGAUACGUACGGGAUCGAUCUGCUUACCUGCCCUCUCGCCCACGUUCCGCCGCACCACAUGCUGAGCCGCGCACGGCGCCGUGUUUGUGUGGAGCAGUACGCUGCCUUGCUCGCAGCCACGCUCGGCGAUUUGCCCGCAGCACGCACGCUGCUCCCAGCGCUCGCCCACAGCACAGAAGCGGUGCGCACAAAAACAGACUUUGGCUGGACCGCGCUGCAGACCCAGCUGCUCAAGGACCUGGUCGUGCAGAGCGAGGCGCUUGGCGAUCCCGUAGCCACGGCCUUUUUUGCCGCACUCUUGCUGCGUGACUUUUGCCCCGCGCUGAGCGCCGCGGACCAGCGCAUGCUUUUCGACGGAGUGCGGCGCAUCCUGCCGCGCGCACGCGCAGACGGCGCGCCGCAACUCUCGCUGCGCUACCAUGGACCGCGCGAUUUGCUGCGCGCGAUGGAAGUUGUAUCGCUGCCCGCAGCGAGGGCGCCCAUCACGCGGCGCAAGGCGUCGUUUGCGCCGCCGCUCGCGGACAGCGGCGAUGCGCGGCCUGCAGGCACGCUGAAUCCCUUCUUUUGGAACGUGCUCAAGACGAGCCGCGGCGCGUUGGAUCUUGUUGCGAUGGAGCCCGUGCUUGUGGACCUCACGCUCGAAAAUCCACUGCACAUUCCCCUCGAAAUCCAGCGUAUGGUGCUGUGUGCAGAAGGCGUGCAGCUCGACACGCCGAGUGUUGCGAUCACCAUACCGCCGCGCUCGCUGCGCAUUGUGCGCUUACAAGGCACCCCCGCCUGCGCUGGAACGCUGCGCGUGCUUGGCUGUGUUGUGACGCUGUGGGGCUCCGAGCCACACGCCCUCUACCUGCCUACUGCACGACCGCCCGUGGUGAAAGCGACGGGCCUCGACGCACGUCCCAGCGUGCAGCUCGUGCGGAACCUGGCGCAAAAACUCCAAAGCUUGGAUACGCCGCAGCGCGCCGACGUCGAUGCGUGCUUGGCCGGGCCGCGACUGGAGGCAGUUUGCAGGGUGCACGAUCCCAUGCCGCAGCUGCAUGCAAGCUUGCCGAGUCGCGUACACACCGCGCUCUCCUUGCUCCAGGGCGAGCAGUACACGAUGCCUGUGCGCCUCGCCAACCCAUCGGCAUACCCCAUCAAUUUUGUGCGCCUCGCGCUCUCCGAUAGUCUGCAGGGGCCGAUGCGCGACGCCAUCACACAGCGCGGGCUCUUGCCCGGCGACGUGCACGAGCUCGAGUGGCAGCUGCUCUACGCGCCAGUGCUCUCUGUCGAGGCACACGACGCGCUCGAAAUUGCGCCGCACAGUGCGCGCACGGUGCAUUUGCACGUGUAUGGAAAGGCGGGAUGCGAGUGGGCAAGCAUGCGGAUCUACUACGGAAAUACAUCGCUAGAGGCACGCGACGUGCAGCUGCGCACUGUCCAGCUCACCAUACCUCUCUCUGUACAGCCCAGCGUGCAGAGCGGGCCGCUCCACGUCACGGGGAUGCGCGAAAAAGACGCUGCGCAGCUUGCCGCACAGCUCAUGCACCGCGACGAGCCCGUGCCGCUGGGGCCGAGUUUCUUGCUGAGCGUCGAUAUGCACAACGUAGCACAGGUCCCACUGAGUGUGACGCUCGACGUGGACAUGGCUGCUGGCGUGCACUGCGCACUUACACGAAGUAUCGCGCCGAACCACACUGCGCGCUUCGCCGUGCCCAUGUCAAAACGCAAUUUGGCCCCGGCUGCGCUGCGUGCACCAAUCCCCAAACUCUCACCGGGGCAGUUUGUCGUCUCGCGCACGAAACUCAACGAUGCGACGCGCGCCAUGUGCGAGACGCAAUUCUGGCUACGCGAUGCAUGGCUGCAAGCUUUGCGCGCUUCAUGGCUCGACGAGCGGUCCAAGGAUCGUGGCGAUAUCAGCCUGCGUACCUACUGGCCCACGCUCGAGCAGAUCCGGGUCAUGUCUGAGCCCAAAGUACGCGCCACGCUCGCCUUGCCCGACAAGGUGGCGGCAGAGUCGUUUGUUGCGGUGCAAGUGACGAUUGCGAACCACACGGAAGAGACGCUCAACAUGCGCCUGCAUCUCACGCCUUCGCUUGACGGCGCACAGAGCAUGGAUAAGCGCGUACAGUACGCAAGGACGCAGGUGCUGGUGGCCGACGGCAGCUGGACCACAGCGGUGAAACCUGUCGCGCCGGGCGCUUCCACAGUUGUGCGCCGCAAACUGUGUUUUCUUGCUGGCGGCACGUAUACACUUGUAGGUGCUGCAGAAGUGCUCCCUGCACUUGGGGAGCAGCACUCGGGCGCCGUGUUUCCCACCGCGCCCACCACCGUAGACGUCCGUGCCUAG